CCGGGUCGGGGCAGGGCGUGGAUCCGAGCACAGGGGGGCAUCGGGCCGUGGGGUGAGGACCUGGCCAGCGUGGAGUUGCGCAGACCUGGGCUCGCAGCACUGUUUGCAGGCUGGGGCAGGGCGAAAGGAAAAGCAAGUCUUGCCGUAGGGAUGGCUCGGAUUUCUCAAGGCCUUAAUCCUGGGUUAGGGGCUUGAAAUAGGGGUCUUGAGGGAGAGUAACCAAGUGCAUCUCCUGAACAAGCCACUAACUUCCUCCUCCCUCCUGGGACAGUGACCCUUAGGGUCCACUCGUCUCACAGUGUGACAGCUCCACAAACCCCAGGGCCGGCCAGGAGGCCACCCCUCUGUGCUCCAGCAUUAGACCCUGAAUUCCUCUCCGGACCCUGGGGCCAUGGUAGCCACGGAGGGGUCCCGGUUCCCUCCUUCCCUUCCCGCACCCUCCCCCUCUUCUGUGAGGCCCGGGGUCGGGGGCCUCUGGACGCCUUGCGCAGUAGCCCCAGAACAGAUAGACUGGACGGAGCCCUGGCUCCUCGGCCUGGUCGUCUUCCACGCGCUCUGCCUGCUGCUCACCUGUGUGUCCUCCCGGCGAUACGAACUGCAGGUCGGGCACUUCCUGUGCCUCGUAACCUUGGUCUAUUCUGCCGAGUACAUCAAUGAAGUGGCCGCCAUGAACUGGAGGUCGUUUUCGAAAUACCAGUAUUUCGACUCGAGGGGGAUGUUCAUUUCCCUGGUGUUUUCGGCGCCGCUGCUCCUCAACGCCAUGAUCAUUGUGAUCAUGUGGGUCCGGAAGACGCUGACUGUGAUGGCCGACCUCAAGGCCCUGCAGCAGCAGGUGAAGGAGCGGAGGAAGAGGAGGAAGGAGGAGUAGAGGUGCAGCGGCCGCGGCGUUCCUGGAGCUGUCCCGUCGCCGUCUUGAGAACUAAGUGCUGGCGUGGCCGGCCCGUCCCAGCAGCCACCGUCGUUUGUAAAGAUGGCUUUCACCGCGACACUACUUUGUCUGCAGCUAAUUAUGCUCAGGUUGGCUCUGCGGUCGGUUAUGUGACCUGGGUUCCUGCAGGAGUUACGACGUGUAAUAAUCAUCCCCCACAAGUCACAGCGUCCAGGCUGUUACCUCGGUCGCCGGUGACCGGACACGCAGUGCCAGGUGGUCACGAGGCCCCGGCACGAAGCCCCGGGUGGUGGACGGAGCUGGGCCUUUGUGGAGCCGGCUCUCGGAGGAGUCACGUAGCCAGCUGGGAGCUGGUCCAGCCGCAGCACGAGUUGAAAGUCCCUGUCGCUACAGUGCAAUGCUGGUGGGACGAAGGCACCGGCAUUGGUGGGCCAGGGGUUCUUCACAGGCCGCUGCCCGGCUUUCUCCACCGGCAGAGAGUAGCGAGGCCACGGCCACAGCUGAGGCCCCGGGGUCUUCGGGGCCUUGGAGGUCAGCACAGUGGCCCCGCACAGACCGGACACUCGGGUCCUCAUAAGCCCCUGGUAUGAAGCUAAGUGUCCACACGUCUCAGCCCCUCUCCACACACUCCGGGGGGAUAAGGCCCCCGCAGUGCCGUCAGCCGCUGAGCGCCUGGGUGAUUAUUGACAGCAGGUGCCCCUUCAGAACAGUGUCACUCACGUCACAAACUAGCGGAUUUGAAAUAAAAAACCAACACAGCAGCCACCCACGCUGUAGAACACUCUCCCGUGUGUUCAAAACAAACACCCGCGGGCUGUGUCCUGGACGAGCCUCCAGUUACACUGAACAGAUAGCACUGAGCUAAGCAGUUCCCAGCGUGGCGGUGAUUGGUGUUAACUCCAUACAAAACGGUCAGGCUGAUGCACACGCCUGGGCACUGUCACGUGUCACCGCUUUCGCAGGUCCCCUGGUUCGCUCCCAGCGCGGUUGGCCCCAGGCGUGUGACACUGAGUGGUCACCGGCAGGGUGGGCGUCCUCCAUCAGCCCCCAGAUGGCCUUACCCCAAUGACAGCAGUGCCGAGGCAGAAACGGGGACCUUGAACGGGACCCUGGGAGCGAGGUCCUGACCGGACGCUACGUCUCAGCAUCCUGGACCCUUCCCGCGAGGCCGGGCCCUGGGAACGGGCUCUGUCCUGGGACGAAGCAGAACGGGGCUCCUUUGCUGCUCCUUUACGGUUUGAUUCCCUGUCAGGGCACAGGCCUGGGUCUCCGGCUCAAUCCCUAGUGGGGGGCGUGCAGGAGGCAGCCCAUCAAUGAUUCCCUCCCUCUCUGAAAUCAAUAAAGAUACAUUUUAAAAAAGAACUCAGUUUAUAC